ACGAGACUAUACCGCAUAUGAUUAAAUCCGCUAUUCAAGUGCGUCAUUAGUGCUGAUAUCAUGGCGGCUGCAGUGUUGAAGAAAUGCGCGUCUCCUCUAGUUUUCGUAAACAACACACUUUGCGCACCACUUCUGAAGAUACUACAGUGUGGUUAUCACAAAAAGGUGGUGGACCAUUAUGAGAACCCAAGAAAUGUGGGAUCUAUGGAUAAAAAUGCCAAGAAUGUGGGCACAGGGUUGGUUGGAGCCCCUGCAUGUGGAGAUGUGAUGAAGUUACAGAUUGAGGUGGAUGAGGCUGGGAAAAUUGUGGAUGCCAAGUUUAAAACCUUUGGCUGUGGCUCUGCUAUUGCUUCCAGUUCCUUGGCCACUGAAUGGGUCAAAGGCAAAUCUAUUGAUGAGGCCCUCAUGAUAAAAAACACAGAGAUUGCUAAGGAGCUUAGCCUUCCACCUGUCAAACUGCACUGCUCAAUGUUGGCAGAAGAUGCCAUCAAAGCAGCUUUGGCAGACUACCGGCUGAAACAGGAAGAUGAAGAGGGUGAGAAGACUGUGCUGGCAGCAACUAGGUGGCGCUCUUGAGCUUCCCAAUGCGUUUAGACCAAAGUUCUCCAACCCCUGCUCUGUAGCCUGUCUUUUAAACGCACAAUUUGACUGACAAACUGUUACAGUCUUUGCCAUAUUUGUUUCUAAAUGUUGAUGUAUAAACCUGCUUGAUGUAUUUAACUGUUUGAGAAGUUGUAAUGAAAGUGUUUUUGAUGGUUUUAUUUGCUAGUCUGAUUGCACGCACAAAUUCCUUUAAGUUAUGUCAGUGAACUGGUUUCUUAUUCUUCAUUUAGUUUGAAGGAAUUAAAUUGUGGUUCAUAUAGUGAUUAUGCUGCUAGCAUUUAAAACGUCUAUGUAUAAAAAUAAAGCACUUGUUAAUCCAG